CAAAAUUCGAAACAAACCUAAUCCCUUCUCUCUCUCUCUCUCUCUCUCUCUCUCUCAAAACACACGCACAGGCGGCACAGAUAUCAAUGGGUGGCUGCUGUAGUAAGAGCACCGCCGCUACCACGAUGCCGCUGGCACCUAAUGACCACGAAUCCGACCUCAAAUCUCUCCCCCCUCCUCCUCCUCAACAUGAGAAGAAGAAAGAAAUCUUUGUCAUCAAACACCGAAUUAGUCAUGAUGAUGGAACAAAUGCAACUUUCAAUACUACUACUACUACUAGUGUUUAUAAAGAAGAAGAAUUUGAUGAUGAUAAUCAAAUCUUACAAUGUGGUAGUGGUAGUGGUAGUGGUAGUAGGCUUAGCCGGAGUAAUUCCACCACCCGACUUGAUAACCCUAGUCGAAAAAGGUCUUGUCGUUCCAAUUUGAGUGUCGAUUUCGAUUUGAAUACUCGUUUCGAUAAUCUUUAUUACCAUCAUGAUGUUGAUGAUGAGCACCGGGCGGGUCGGGCUAGGGGGGUUUCUGCUACAAGGAACGGUAGUAGUAGGUCUAGUAGUAAAGAAAGGAGAAUUAGCAUAUCUCCUAGUAGAACAACAAGAAGAAGAUCUGAAUCGCCUUUUCGUAAUUUAAAUACUAGUAUAGCUGGAAAUAGCAAUCCGGUGAAAAUGGUUUCAGUUCCUGCAACUAAUAAGAGUUGUAAUUUUCAAGAGGAAGUGUGUGUUAAGAGGAUUCAUGUGAAGCGAAAUGUAUCCCCUGCCAAGGCACGACCUACUGACCUUAGGGUUUUUACUGACCAACACCAUACCGAUACCAGGGAAGUUGAUCGAUUGUAUUAUACACGCAAAUCAUUGGUGGAGAUUGACAACAACUCUGCAACAUCUAAUCAACCAGGUAAAAGAACCCGCAAGCUAUCUCGCGACAUGAAUCUAGAAACACAGUUCGAUCCUAGUCCAGGUCCACCUUCGUAUGCAAGUUUGUUACUGGAGGAUAUCCACAAAUUUCAUCAAAAUAACCCUAAUGCUGCCACUGCCGCCUCCCCUGCUUUUGUUCUUCCAGAAUGUGUCACCAAGGCGUGCUCAAUUAUGGAGGCCGUGUCUGAUCUCAAUUCCAACACUAGUUCAUUGUGUUCUGAGGACAGAUAUAAAAACCUAACUAUGAUUGAACAUCAGAUCAAAAAAGACAAACCUAUAGAAUCUGGGACGGUGGUUAAUGGUGUUUCUGCUUCUGCUGUUGGAGACCAACCACACUCUCAAACCGAACUCACUUCUCACAACUUCAAAGUGAGAGGAUUGGGUGGAUUUAAGAAGGAUUUCAUGGAUUAUCCAAGCAAGGGAACAACGCAUGGUCGUAGAAGUGCUUAUUCUCUUCCCAAAACCACCACUGCAGCAUUGACAUAAAUUGUACUGAUAGAGUGAUAGACAUUUGUAUCUGUAAAAUUUUCUUACCUUCAGGUGUUCCUUUCGUAAUAGAAUUCUUCUUUUCAAUGAA